AUGGGGAAGGGUAGUAGACUGACAACAAGUCCUAGUGAACGAUACUUGGGUGGCUGUUAUGGCUACAGUGAAGGUCAAGGGACGGUCAUCGGCUUUCCAGAACUCGCCAAAGACGAUGUGUGGUCAAUGGUUGAUGGCAUGGUCAACGGCGGUGAUCAAACAAUGAAUGGCUCGCAUGAUGACUGGGCUUCACGCGCCACCCCUGAGAGUAAUGGAAGUGUUAACAGUAUCGGGAGCCACCGGAGAAGUUAUCGGGACGACCAUCGCAACGUUAGAGGCAUGUCAUUGGCUUUUGAUGAUUCGGACAACACGACGUCGUCUAGAAUUUUGCACCAGUUCCGUGGACAGGACAGCGUGGAGAUGUCUCCACGUGGAUGCCACAUGGCCACCUCAGCUCCAGUGAACGUGCCAGAUUGGACAAAGAUUUACCGAGUUGACUUGGUCGAGUCAUUGCAUGACUCAAAUGAUUGUAUCGAUGAUGGUGAUAUGAAAAUGGUUCCGCCACACGAGUACCUAGCACGUGAGUAUGCACACAACCGGAAAAUUAGUGGCAAACUCAAUUUUUGA